AAGGGUUCUGCGCGAAGGAUCAGGGCUGCUUCUUCAGCCCCGAGCUGCAUAGACAACUCAAACACCAACAUGCGCUACAGAAUAUCGCCGAACUCUGCUCAAAUAGACUGAACAGCCCCGAGUAGGUACAUAUUUUCAUUCCACUUUGCCUACAGAAGAUACCUGGGCACUAUUCUCCUUCCCUCAAGCAAGUUCUAGCCAUGCGCGCGAAAUCUGGAAACUCGUUCUUCGAGUAUCCGCUAUCGCGACCUUUUCCCAGCCCAAUCUUCACAUGGCUCAUCAUUGUGGGAGGGCUGGUCUUGACCGUCCUCUUCUCCUCCGUUGCGGUCGCCAGCAAUGCGUACCAGUUGGAGUCCGUGUAUACCACCAACCCCAACGAGACGGAAAGCGAUAGCUCGAGAAGAUGGUUCCAGAGACAGCCAUUUUCAUGGCUAAACAGCAUGGAGACAAAAUGUCAACCGGCUUUGCUGACAGUUGGCACUCGAUACUUGACGACAAACAGAGGCUUUGUAUAUACACUGGACAGCCUGCGAAACGGGAACUACAGCGCCGCCAAUUAUGAGGUUCUAUCUUCAACAUCCUACAAAAACGUCACGCUUCGCGGUUGCGAGGUCACCGAGAUUUCCAUCAAUCUUGCCAGACGGGACAACAGUCGACAAGCCAAGAACUUCUGGAGUUGGGGAGCCACGAAUGCGCAAGCGGCGGUUUCUUGCUCAAUUGAAUCGGGAGAGGGGGUUGUCGACGCCAGUUUCGCCCUGGAACUGCCACCUGCGAGGGAUGCGCGACGUAUCACUGAUGGCUUCUUGACGCAAAACGCCACAGGCAACGUCAACAUGUGGUAUGGCAUUCAGAUAGCUAUGUCCUGGUACGGACAGAUAGCCACGGGCAUGGCAUACUCGGUCCCGAGCAGCACCGGGUCAUGGGGCGCUGGGGUUGUUACGCUUACCCGCAACCUGGGGGAGAAAGACUACAGAAAGCUGACGUUCUUCGAUGCGAACAUUGGUAUCUCAACCGACCAAGGUGGGCUCUCUUUCAUGAAUCCUGGAAGCGACAACACAAACAAAACAAUAAAAGACUGGUCAGAGCAGUGGACGACUGGCGGCGGCAACUACCAACUUCCCAACAUCAGCACUUCUGUUGACGCUUUCGGCAAGUCGUUCUACUCUCUGCUUCUCUCAGAUUUCGGCGCUGGAAACGACACGAAUGCGUUGCUGAAGGCCGAAGGGAUCGACUAUUUGCAGUCAAUCGUUGACUCCGAUCUGGACGCCGCUUCUGAUGGCCAGAACAAAGGCACUGUCACGCAGCGGUACGACCCAAAUGAUCAACUUGCUUCGGCAACCAGAGCAACCGGCACCACACUCUUCGCACAAUAUCUGUGCUCCGUACCAAAGUCUAAGGGUGGGUGGUCCAUAUUCUUCGGAGUCCUACUCGCGGACAUUGUCUUUUUGAGUGCCUGCUGGAAUUUGUUUGUUUGGAUUUCCACCACAUAUAUCAUACCACGUUUGGACUCCCGAAUGCGAUACUGUGAGGGCUGCGUGAAUGGGGCAUCGGUCACAGGUCAUGUUGUGCAUAAGCCCCACGCAACGAGUGAAAUGGAAUCCCAAGAGCUAUUGCCUGUGGCAACACCUGACAGCCUUUCCACGAGGUCGGCAGCACCGCUGAUAAGAAAUCAUAGCGAUCUUGUGUGAUGAUACGCGGUGUCUUGAACGCUCAGAUGGCAGCCUACGACGAUGCCAACGAGCACUUGCUGUUUGAAGACGAAGAAGAUGGCGACGAUGACCACGAACCGUCAUCUCCUGCACCCGAGCACGCACUAUCCUCCAGAACUACUGGCAAGUCAGCUUCACGAACGCCCGCUGCAUCCCGUGUCUCGAAGUCUGCGGGUACAGCCACUCUCCUACCAACUCCAGUCACUGCCUCCUCGUCCAAGCCACGCGAGAAGAAGGCGAGACAGAAGCAAGUUUCGAAAGCGGAAUGAAUGGGGCUGGAGGCACAAUUCCACCAGUUGAUCGCUCAACUUGAAGGGCGAGGACGCGUCAUCUCCGCCAAUUCGGCGACACGCAGUUCCCAUCGACUAGCUGGACGAAGCUCCUUACCAUGGACUUCGACGAUCAGUUCGGUUCAGACCUGAUUUCGUACAUUAUGCUGACGAAGGAUGUUGGCGGGACAAGAGCAGCAUUGCCCGGCAAGAUCAAGAUGACAUAUAGAGAAGAAAUACUAACGGCCUUCUACAAUUAUUCCCGUGAAGUGUACAAUCGACUC